CAUGUGCAUCACAUGAUCGGCCGGGGCACUGCCGGCACCGCCCCGGGACCGCACCGGGGACAGCGCCGGGACACGGGGGGGCACCGAGCCAUGGGGCCGCAGGACCGACACCACCCCUGGCUGCUGAUGCUGCCUCUGCUGCUGCUGCCGCCGGUGGGCGCCGCCGCCGCCCGGCCCAACUUCGUGCUGGUGCUGGCGGACGAUCUGGGCUUCGGGGACCUGGGCAGCUACGGGCACCCCUCGUCCGCCACGCCGCACCUGGACCGGCUGGCGGCCCGCGGGCUGCGCUUCACCGAUUUCUACAGCAGCGCCGCCGUCUGCAGCCCGUCCCGGGCGGCGCUGCUGACGGGCCGGCUGCCGGUGCGCUCCGGGAUCUACCCGGGCGUGUUCGAUCCCGGCUCCCGGGGCGGGCUCCCGCUGGCCGAGCUCACCGUGGCCGAGCUGCUCCAGGAGCGCGGCUACGCCACGGCCAUGGUGGGCAAGUGGCACCUGGGCUUCGGGCGGAACGGCUCCUUCCUGCCCGGGCACCAGGGCUUCCAGCACUUCCUGGGGGUGCCCUACUCGCACGACCAGGGUCCGUGCCAGAACCUGACGUGCUUUCCCCCGGACACCAAGUGCUUCGGCACGUGUGACCAGGGCGUGGUGGCGGUGCCGCUGCUGUGGAACCAGAGCAUCGUGCAGCAGCCCGUGGCCUUCCCCGAGCUGGUGCCGCUCUACGGCCGCUUCUGCCGCGAGUUCAUCGCCCGCUGCGCCCGGGAGCGCCGGCCCUUCCUGCUCUACUACGCGUCACACCACACGCACUACCCGCAGUUUGCCAGCCGCGAGUUCGCGGGCACCGCGCGCCGGGGACCCUUCGGGGACGCGCUGGCCGAGUUCGAUGGCUCCGUGGGACAGCUGCUGCAGGCCCUGCAGGACAACGGCCUGGAGAACAACACCCUGGUGUUCGUCACCUCUGACAACGGCCCCUCCACCCUGCGCAUGGCACGCGGGGGCAGCGCCGGGCACCUCAAGUGUGGCAAGGGCACGACCUACGAGGGCGGCAUGAGGGAGCCGGCCCUGGCGUACUGGCCGGGCAGGAUCGCGCCAGGGGUGACCCACGAGCUGGCCAGCACGCUGGACAUCCUGCCCACGGUGGCCGCCCUGGCUGGCGCUGCCCUGCCCAAGGUGGCCCUGGACGGCUUCGACCUGAGCCCGCUGCUCUUCGGGUCCGGGCAGAGCCCCCGCCGGGCCGUGUUCUUCUUCCCGCCGGCCCCCGACCCCCUGCACGGCCCCUUCGCCAUCCGCCUGGGCAAGUACAAGGCGCACUACUUCACUCAAGGUUCCUUCCACAGCGACACCACCCCGGACCAGGCGUGCCACGGGCUCACCCCGCUCACCCCGCACCUGCCCCCGCUGCUCUUCGACCUGGAGGCGGAUCCGGCCGAGAACUACGACCUGCUGCAGGGCCAGCCGGGCCCCGAGGCGCUGCAGGCGCUCAAGGACAUCGCCGUGCAGAAGGUGCUGCUGGAGCAGCGCCUGCAGUUUGGCGAGAGCCAGAUCCGGAAGGGCCGGGACCCCUCGCUGCAGCCCUGCUGCAACCCCAGCUGCAGCCCCAAACCCUCCUGCUGCCGCUGCUCCCCGCAGCUGGGACACCCCAAAGAUGCCUGGCCCCGUCUCCUGUAACCCAGCUCAGCCUCGGGGCUGCCCCACGGCUCGGCGACCCCUUGGACUUGUGGGGAAAUGGGGUGGAACAGGGUCAGGGCGACCCCAAACGAGCAGGGCCCCGUGCUCCGUGUGGGAUGUUCCAGGGCAGGACUUGGGCAGGAUCCUGACCCAUUCCAGGAUCCUGACCCGUUCCAGACACUCCAGAACCUUCCCCAGAACCAGGACAGCUCCUGGGAGCCACUGGAGCAGAAGGAAUGUCCCAGAUCCAGAGAUCCCAACUGAGACCGAGGGCACAGCAGGAGCAUGGGAUGGGUCCCAGCAGCCUCAGAGGCACGAGCUGGUGACAGAGGGGACAGCCCUGGGUGGCAGCAGCAGCAGCAGCUCAGGGUGGCACUUCCAGCACCCCCACAGGACCCCGGGAUGGCAGCUCCAGCUGUCCCCAUUGCUGUCCCUCUCCAGGACUUUCCUGGGAAUGGCACACCUGAGGCUCUGCUGGGGAGCCUGGGCUGGAGCAGUUUCUCCCUCUCUCCCUUCCUCCCCUCCCUGGCUCCCCUUUAUCUCCCCCAAACCAGUCCCAACCCUGCCCUUUCCCCCCAAAUUGUCCCAUCCUUGGUUUUCCCAGGAGGCUGAACUGGGCUGAAAAUGUGGAUAAUGGGUGUGUGAUUUUGGGAAUAAUUUUUUGGGAGUGGGGCAUGGCCAGGACCCCAGGGCAGUGACACUGGCACUGUGUCCCCCCUCACUUCCAUGGACAAGGGCAUUACUUCCAGGAUAAAACGUGGUAGGGUGUUGCCACAGGAUUUCCGUGUAAAUCACUGCUUUGUCUUACACCUUUUCUAAUUAAUAUUGCUGCAAAUAAUUGUGUGAUUCCUUAUCUCAUGGCUGUUUGCAGUAAAUUGUUUUUAACCCCUUA